AUGUGGUUCUUCUCAGGCGCCGAGGAGAAGCCCGAGGCCCCGGCGGAGGAGGCGCAGGGGGACCCUUCCUCUACCCAGCCAGACACAGACCCCCAGCAGCAGGCUUCUGAUGAAAGCAACGAAACCCCAGCACAAGAAGAGCCAGAGGCGAGCUCGAGUUCCUCCGCAUGGAAUAUCUGGGGGCAGCUGGCUGGAGCUACACAGACACCAGGAGGGGCGGAAGAGGCGAGUGGGAGCGUCAGCUCAGCAACCAGCUCUGACAACGAGAGCGUAACAGAGCCGCUUCAUCUGUCUUCGAUUGAAUCUGCAACAAGCAGUCAGCAAGCAUCGGGGUGGAGCCUGUGGGGACAACUGGUGGGUCAGCCAAGUGCUGACGACGCUUCUUCUGUUGCUGCUCAGUCUGAUAUUUCAGCCGAUGUAGAGCCUGCAGGGGAAACAGCAGAGUCAGAAGAGCCCGAAGCUUCAACCGAGCAGCCUGCAUCGACAGCUCCUGCUGCUGCAGCUCCAGGCGUCUUCGGCUGGGGUCUGAUAGGCGACGCGGCGUCCUGGAUGCAGCCCCAGUCAGCAGCAGAGGAAGCAAAGGCACCAGCUGCUGCAGAGGAGGGGGAUAAAGGAGAAAGAACUGAGAAGGAGAGCGAGGCAUCAUCGGGGCCGGGCAAGUCAACAGAACCACCGCCCCCCCAUGCAACACAGGAUGAUGGCGACGCACACUCUCCGCUCACCAGCAGCCGCUCCAGCAGCAGCAGCAGCGAUGAAGACAGCAGCGGCUCAGAGAUUGAGGAGGCGAAGGGGUCUCACAAGAAAGCUGCAUCAGCAGAGAGAGAAGAAAAAGAACAGAAAGCGAAGGAUUCUUCUGUUUCUGACGAUGCAACUAAACAAAAACAGGAUACAGAUAGUGAUACAGAGACAGAUAAAAGUAAAACCCAAAUUCAAUCGAAGGGGCCCAGACCUACAAAAGCCAAACCCAAGCCUCCUUCAUCUAUAAAGGUUGGAAAGCAGCAGCAGGAGCCGAAGGAUUCUUCUGUUUCUGACGAUGCAACUAAACAAAAACAGGAUACAGAUAGUGAUACAGAGACAGACAAAAGUAAAACCCAAAUUCAAUCGAAGGGGCCCAGGCCUACCAAAGCCAAACCCAAGCCUCCUUCAUCUAUAAAGGUUGGAAAGCAGCAGCAGCCGACUGAGGCCGAUCCGCAGCAAGCGGCUGACGCAGAUAAGCAGUCGGCAGUUGCAGGAGAGAAGCAGCCAGCAGCUGCACCAGUACAGGAGCAGCAAAAGACUGCAGCAGAGCAGCAGCAAGGUGCAGCCCAGCAGCAGCAAUCGACUCCAGAAGAGCAGCCAAAGGCAGCGUCAAACAAAACAACAUCCAAGGCCGAUGCGGUAUCGCCCCAGGCUGAUGAUGCUGCUGCUGCUUCUGCUGCUGCUGCUGCUGCUGCUGGUGCUUCACCCUUGGCUAAGCUGCUUGCCCGUCGCCUACCGAAGCACUCGGGUUCUUUUAUUGAGCGUUCGCUCCCUGACGGCACCACAAUCAUUGUCAGCACUGAAGACGGUGGAGCUGCAAGGCCCAAGGCGAAGCCCCCCAGCGAGGACUGCAGCAGAGCAGCAGCAAGGUGCAGCCCAGCAGCAGCAAUCGACUCCAGAAGAGCAGCCAAAGGCAGAAUCAAACAAAACAACAUCCAAGGCCGAUGCGGUAUCGCCCCAGGCUGA